CUAAAAAUUUGUACCUAACCUCAUUUUUUUUUACAAAAAUGUAAGGAGCUCUAGAGUAAACAUCAUGAGCCUUUUAAAUCGAUUCAACAAACUGUUCAAAGCAGUUAAUUCAUUUAAAAACCCGGCUAUACGAUGCCUAGUUAACACUCUAGGCGCUCUUGAUCAAUGCAACGACACCUCUAAUAACACUGUUAAUAAAUAUACGAAUAGGACGCACACUUGCAAAGAAUUGAGACUUAAUAAUGUUGGUGAAAAGGUAGUCCUUUGGGGAUGGUUGGAGUUCCAACGGAUGAAUAAAUUUGUGGUAUUAAGAGAUGGUUACGGGCAAGUACAAUUAUUAGUAGACGACAAGGACAAUAAAUUAAGGAAUUUAUUACCAACCAUUCCUUAUGAAUCCAUAUUGAAAGUAGAAGGCACGGUUUCACCCAGACCUAAGGAAAUGAUCAACAAAAACCAAUCCACUGGAGAAAUUGAAAUACUGGUUGAAAACCUUCAAGUAAUAAACAAAGCAAAGGAAAUUCUACCGUUUAAUAUAAGAGAAUUCCAAAAAGCUAAGGAAUCGUUGCGAAUGCAGUAUAGGUACUUAGAUUUGAGGUUUCCCCAGAUGCAAAGAAAUUUGAGGUAUCGAUCGCACCUCACCAUGAAAAUGAGAGAAUUUUUAGUGAACAAUCAUUUCGUUGAUGUGGAAACGCCAACUUUAUUCAAGGCUACUCCCGGGGGUGCUCAAGAGUACGUAGUCCCAACAAGAUUCCCAGGCCAAUUUUAUUCGUUAGUGCAAAGUCCUCAGCAAUUUAAGCAAAUGUUAAUGGCUGGUGCCAUUGAUAAAUAUUUCCAAAUAGCCCGAUGCUAUAGAGAUGAAGGAGCAAGACCGGACAGACAACCGGAAUUUACUCAAUUAGAUAUAGAAAUGUCUUUUACUAAUGUCGAGGGAGUGAUGAAACUGAUAGAAGAUUUGCUAGAGUAUUGUUUAAAAGACGAGUUUAAUUUAAAGAGUGCUUCAUUCAAUAGAUUAACAUUUCAUGAAGCCAUUAGGCUGUAUGGUUCAGACAAACCUGAUGUUUCAUUUGAUUUUCAAAUAGAGGAUUGCACCAAAGUUCUCGGUAAAAAUUCAAAAUUGGCGAAUUGCAGCGAUUUUGCAGCCCAUUUUUUGUUAAUUCCUGAGAAAUAUGUAAUUAGUAACAAAAAAGCUAAAGAACUUAUUCAAAGUGUAACUGAAAAAAACAAUAAUGCAAAAAUAGUCACAGGUGCCAUUAAAAGUCGUGAAGAAUUCGUGAGCAAGUUUGAGAAAUUAUUGGGAGUUAAUGUAGCUAACGAAUUCGUAGAGAAAAAUGAUAUUUCACCAAAUUCUUUGCUGUUUCUCGCUUUUGGUAGCAAAAAACAUGCUUUAUCUAUGUUGGGCAAAUUGAGAAUAGAAUAUGCAAAUAUUCUUGAAAAUAUGGGUGUGAAUAUCAGACGAAAUGGUUUGCACUUCUUGUGGGUAACCGAUUUUCCUUUAUUCGAACUCUCUGAUAAUGGAAAUCUACAAUCACCCCACCAUCCUUUCACAGCCCCUCAUCCAGAUGAUGUGCAUUUACUAGACAAGGAGCCCCUUAAAAUACGAGCUCUAUCAUACGAUUUAGUUUUAAAUGGCAACGAAGUAGGAGGAGGAUCAAUUCGAAUCCACGACCCGCUUUUGCAAAAGAGAAUCCUGGAUUUAUUAAAUAUUAACUCGAAGUAUAUGAGUCACAUGAUUGAAUUUUUAGCAUCUGGAUGUCCUCCUCACGGAGGAAUAGCUUUAGGAUUAGACAGAUUGUUGUCUAUUUUACUUGGUACAACUAGUAUUAGAGAUGUUAUAGCAUUUCCGAAGAAUCACGAAGGUAGAGAUCCCCUUAGUGGAGCUCCCAGUAACAUACCUGAGAAGGAUAAGAAAUUAUACCAUAUAGAAACUAUUGAUGAGGAAAAUGUUAUUAAGUAGUUCAAUAGGACUUGUAUGAAUAUAAUUUUUGAUUCAGAGUUGUUUAAUUUAGAUAUUUUAGAUGCAAAAAUUCUUAAAUUGUGAUAACGUUUUAUUCAUUUUUAGUGUGUUUAUAAAAACAAUAAAUUGCUAUAAUUAUUGUCAUCCAUUCGAUAAUUACACAAAAACUGCUGUUCUGUUGUAAAUAUUUUUAAACACUAUUUUCCUAUGCUUUUUACAUUAGAAUGAUAUAUCAAAAAUUUUUGGCUCGUUAUUAAUACAAUUUUUCUCACAAAAUUCUAUUUGAAAUUAAUUUACUAUGGUUUUAUAGUAAUACAAAAUUAGUUGAUUAUAAGACGAUUUGGACUGGAGAAUUUAGAUUUUCGGGUCUACCUCAAUUUAAUAUUUUUCGUAUAUACUCCCAAUUUUAUAGACUCUAUCCAUUCCAUAUGCCAAGAUGGUUCAAGUUGAUCCUGAAUCCUUGUUUUAGUAGCUUUGUGUAUCUGAUCUUCCAAGUCAAUAUAUUUCAUAUUAUGUGAUCUGGUUUCUAAGUAGUAAGGCAAAUAAUUGUACUGCAUUUCCGUUGUGAAUGUUGAGACCAGUUGCGAAGUUUUAGCUAACCAUUCCAUAAGAGGAUUGUUCCAAUAAUCCCAAGAUACAGAGUUUGCAUAAAGAGACAUAUUAUUGGGAUUCAUAGACGCUAAUAUGAACGUAGUUUGCAGCAUUUUAACGACAGUUUCCGAUUGAUCCAAUUUCAAAUCUUCUACAUCAGUCUUUUCCCAGGACGUUUGCACAAUGGAAUUCUCGGUAGGCUCAAUCUUUUUCAUGUAUAGACUGGUUCCAGGUAUUUGACUUGUUAAAAACACAGAGCUUAUCAACGUCAGGAAUCCUGUUAUGUAAGUUAAAGCCAAAAUUAUCGUAAUAGCACCAAUGCAUUGAAUUAUAUUUUGUAUCUCUACUGUGCAAGACAGGAUAUCCAAUUCAGUGUAUGUGAAACUACCUCUCGACAUACCCUGCUUCAGAGCCAGCGCAAAUUCCAAUUCUUUCAGUUUGGCAUCAAAUGUUUUAUCGCUUAUGAAAAUUUCCCAGUUCUGAAACGUGAAAGUGUAACUUUCAGCCACUCAUUUUUAAGUUAUGCUUACAAUAGCUUUAAGAAAUUCCUUUUCCAGUUUAACUAAAUCUUUGGUAUUGACACCCCCUGAAACAGCCCAUUCGUCUAAAAAUACUUCAUCGCCUUCUCCGUCGUCAAACAGAAACUUACAAGAAACCAUCUGAAAAUGUGAAAAUGUUAGCAAAUUUAAAAUACAGAAGUGUGUAACUUACCAGCGAAACAAGAAACAAAUCUGAAGGGGAAAUUUUUUCGAGGUAUUGAGGAUUGCAAGUUUUCAACCUUUCCAAGUACAACAGAGCUAAAACUAAGGAACAAGGCGCCACGCAAGCCUUCUUAGAUAUAUCAGCGGCUUUGUAGUAAUGUAAUCGCUCCAAGGAUUUCCCUCUUUUGGCCUCAGAAAAUAUUUCGGCGGCAAAUUCUG